AUAGUACUUAGUUUGUGUUGAAAUUCUUAUUCGGUUUGAUACAAAUAACAUGCAUACUGCCGUGUCAAUUUUUCAACUUCUUUCACUGACAAAGAUGUUGACUAUCUGCUGUUCAGCUGGUGAUGUAUAUGUGUCAACGGAAAAACGGACGUGGGCGGCUUCACAUCAAGACAACAACUGCAGUCUUGCGAAGUCAAGUGGAAAUAUAACUAUAAAUUAUACAGUUUCUCAAGCACCGACUUUAGCUUGGGUUAAUGAAAUUUUGUGUUCCACUCGUAGAGUCUGGAUCAAUAUGACUGGCUGUUUUAAUUUGGCAAUAACUUCUGACAGAAGUAGACAUUUUCCGGUUGAUGGUUACGAGGACCCCGUUGUUUUCUGUCUGCAGAAAUGUGAUUCCGAUAAAGUGUUCUUAACAUCUACAGAAUGUUACUGUAGUGAGAAUGUAAACGUAACAAUUGAUUCUCCGUGUCAGGGAUGCAGGUGUGGUAAACAUAACAAUAGAGUGUGUGGCUCUAGUGAAACUACUUUAAAUAAUGACACCAAGUGCGUGUGUGGUUUUGAGAAAACCAAUAUUUCAACAAAUGAAUCGGGAAAUUGUAUGUCAACAAACGUUUCUGGUAAUAUUUUUGUAUAUGAGGUGCAAAAUUGCAGUCAACAAAUGCCUGUCCUGUGCACUGAUAACCGAAAUGCACAAUCAUUCUCGCCUGACCAGCAAACCAACUGGACAGGAGCUUUAACAAAAUGUUCCCAAGGAGGUCAUUUCAUUGGAGUGAAAAACGGAAGUAGCGCAAACCAAAACUACGAUCAGACAAUAUGGAUAGGGUUAUUUAGUGUAGAAUUAACACAGAUAACAUGCAUGGCAAUAAACAUAACUAAUGAUGAUCAUAAAAUAACCCAACAAAACUGUUCACAGUUAUUGCCUUCACUAUGCAUCGACCAAACAGUCAUCACUUCAAGUAAUCAAGCAACGGAGCUACCAAGUACGCCAGUUGCGACUUCCCAGAACACAACAAAUUCUUUGGUGACUGAAUAUUCUUCGACUUCAACAAUUGUUAGUCAAACACAUAGCUUGCCAACAGUACAAGCGAUCAAGUCGUCAGCUGCGACUUCAUCACCAUCACCAGAUGAAGUUGCAACACAGGCGACAACAAAAUGUGAACAUCCGUCUGCAGGUUCUGCCGACCAGAGUACUACUACUACUACUACUACUACUACUAUAACUAAAUUAUCGACAGAAAGAACCACACAAAAAGAAAAUGCCAACCUGAAAUCGUCCUCAGGGUUCCCCACACUUGCGGUAGGCUUCGGAGCUGGAGGUGCGGUAGCGCUCAUCCUAGUGUUAUUAAUGGUGGUGGUUUUCUACAGAAGGCGAAAACAACACAACUCCAACAAUUCAAAGAAUGAUGUCUCUAAAUCGUAUGAUGGAAAUCCAACAAAUACACAACAAAUUACAAGUGAAACGAUGAUUAAAGAUAAUAAAGACUAUACUGUAGAGAAUAGAAUCAUCUCCAAUGUUCUUUCUGAUGAUACAGAGGACAGUGCUGGACUUGGAGACUACGACCAUCUAGACACACACAAAAACCGGGAGUUAACGCACAACCACGGGAGGCCGGCUGAGGCGUAUUACAACAGCAGGUAUGACCACGUGGGACAUCAACUGGUCAGUUCACAAACUGACCAGGAUGUAAGUGCGUAUAACAACUUCUCACAAAAUAAUGAAAGUGUAUUAUUUUCUGGAGAAGAAUAUGACCAUAUUGUGCGAAAUAUCGACAUGUAUGACCAUAUGGGAACGGAGUUAGUCACAACAGCCGAAGAGUCGGACUAUGAUCAUACCAGAAGUGGUGAACGUGUGUGGAGUGAAACGAGUAGAAAUGACACAGGUAGUAUCACUCCGAAAAAUGUUAACACGUUCCACGAUCAUCCUUCAAGCGAGGGUAACUAUGACAAACCAGGAGGAAAUGGCCAAUGGCACACCUUGAAUUCCGACAGACCUAAGAACGGUCAGAAUAAGUAUUACACAGAAGCACAAUACGACCAUUUGCCAAGCGCGAGAGUAAAAAGAGAGAUAUCACAUUCACAUGAAGGAGACUAUGACCAUACGCUCGCGGUUGAUGAAUAUGAUCGCAUCGGCAGUGUAAAUAAAGGACACAGGCGUUCUGUUGUUCAAGAAGACGAGUACGAUCAUGUUACAGAGCUUUGAAUUCAACGAUAACGCCCAAGGUAACCAAAUGUAACAAACUCUAACUUAAUUCAUUAUUGCUGGCUACAAAGUACAUUACACGUAUAUCGACAUUUUAUAACAGUCAACAUACAAUAGUGCUGGGAAUCGAAAUGAUCGAUGACAGGAAAAACAGCUUUAUUAUGUCGUUUCUAGACAUGAUCUGAGCACGGCAUGUAGCGUCUUAAACCGGGAAAUGUGCAAAAAAUAUUCUUAAAUACCAAUCUUUGACAUACACAAACGGUUGUUUGGUUUUCUUUGAUUGUAUAGGGUUUUAAUUAUAAAUAACCCAUAUGUUGUACGUGUACAUUUCUCCUAUCAGGGGUCGAGACUGAUAAAGGAACACUUCCAAAAUGACCAUAUAAUAAGAAAGGGCCCUAUUUAAACCGCGUUCCACACCUCGCUGGUAAAAUCAAUGCUUUAACCAACUUUGUGAUUGGUUUGUAAGUAUUUUUUUAAUAUUUUAUGGUUUCUAAAUAGCUAAAAGUGAUUUUGCACACUUCCCGGUUCACGUAGCCACAUGCCGUUCUCAGAUCAUGUUACGAACAACGGCUUUUUUCGGUUUGAAAUGGUCACAUAC